UUAUCUCACUGUCCUAAUAGCUGUUCAUCUGACAUUGUCGAGGAAGGAGUUAUUCCAUAGGAUUUUUGUCAACCGCAGCCUGGCACUGGGGAAGAUUCGCUGCUUUGGCUUUGACAUGGACUAUACUUUGGCUGCAUACAAGUCCCCAGCCUAUGAGGCACUAACCUUCAAGUUGCUGCUGGAGCGGUUGGUGUGCAUCGGGUACCCCCACGAGAUCCUGCGUUACACCUAUGACCCUACCUUCCCCACCAGAGGGCUGGUGUUUGAUGUCCUCUACGGGAACCUGCUGAAGGUGGGCACUCAUGGAAAUGUGCUGCUGGCAUUCCAUGGUUUCACCUUCCUCUCAGAGGCAGAGAUCUGGAGCUUUUAUCCCAGCAAGUUCAUUCAGAGGGAUGACCUGCCACGGUUCCAUGUCCUCAACACGCUUUUCAACCUGCCUGAAAUCUACCUUUAUGCCUGCCUGGUGGACUUCUUCUCCAGCUGUUCCCGCUACACCAACUGUGACACUGGAUAUCAGCAUGGGAACCUCUUCAUGUCCUUUCGAAGCCUCUCCCAGGAUGUGACUGAAGCCAUGAAUAAUAUCCAUCUGUCAGGCUGUCUCAAGGAGAAGACCCUGGAGGAUUUGGAAAAAUAUGUGGAGAAGGAUGCACAAAUCCCCAUUCUGCUGGACAAGAUGAAGGCAGUUGGGAAAGUGUUUUUGGCUACCAACAGCAAUUACAACUACACUGAUGCCAUCAUGACUUACCUGUUUGCUGUUGGUGAGGAUGAGGCUUCACCCAGGACCUGGAGGUCUUACUUUGACCUGAUUGUGGUGGACACACAGAAGCCCCGCUUCUUUGCGGAAGGGACAGUUCUGAGGCAGGUCAACAUGGACUCUGGGAAGCUCCGGGUGGGCACCUACACUGGACCCCACCAACACUGUGCUGUCUACUCUGGAGGCUCAUCAGACAUGGUAUGUGAGCUGCUUGGAGUGCGGGGAAAGGACAUCCUGUACAUUGGGGACCACAUCUUUGGGGACAUUGUCAAGUCUAAGAAGCGACAGGGCUGGCGGACUUGUCUCGUAGUUCCUGAGGUGUCUCGGGAGCUGAGCAUCUGGACCCAAGAGAAGGGGCAGCUAGAACAGCUGAAGAGGCUGGACACAUGCCUGGCAAAUCUGUAUGAGAACAUGGAUGGGAGCAGUCGUGGGCUACAAGCCAUCAGCUCCACCAAGAAAGAGAUUCAAAGGGUAACCCGGGAGCUGGACCUGUGCUACAGCACCAUGGGCAGCCUGUUCCACUGUGGCUUCCGUCAGACCCUCUUCUCUAGCCAGCUGAUGCGCUACGCAGACCUCUACACCACCACCUGCCUCAACUUCCUGCACUUUCCACUCAGCUCACUGUUUCGGGCCAAGCCAGAGCUGAUGCCUCAUGAGUUGGUAGUUGAGCAAGAACGGGCCAACCAGGACCCUACCUCCUGCUUCCUCUCCUGUGUCCAGAAGGUUCAGCGCAAAGGCAGAGAAGAGGACGAGGUGGCUGACUCAGUCCUGGACAUGGGCUGGCAUCAUGGAUCAUCUGCUUGAGAUAUUUUUCAGAUAACAGGAAAAGUGUAGAAGAAAAAAGCAAAUGUAUUGAAAACUCUUAAAUGAACCAAUCCGGAGCUUAGGAAAUCUUUGAGGGAGGAGGGAGUAUUGCUGUUACCUCAGAAGGCAUCCUUGAUGGUCUCUGAGCUUUUUUGGAGUGUGUGCAACAAAUAGAAGCAUUAUAACCAGUUUUUCCAGAGUUGCAUCAUGUUCAUUUUAAAUUUUAUUUCUAAAUAUUUCUUUUAAAAAUAGUACUUCUGUGAACUUUGAUUCUGUUUCAAAAUUUAUAAAACCUGCUUGGCUAGACUAUCUUGUUAGCUGUUCUUUUGACCUAGGUCACUGUGACAGAGGAAAUCAGAUAGCCCAUCUUUCAGCUUG